CGAGCGCGGGCGGAGCGGGGCUGGAGCAGUGGCGCAGCGGCGGCUGCCCCGGGGGAUGCGGCUGCCUCCCCGGGCCGGCGUGUAGGGAGGGCGGGUCCCCGGCCUUGGCGGCGAGGCAGUGGAGGGGACCGAGACUGCGGCCAUGGCGACCCCCGGCAACCUGGGGUCCUCCGUCCUGGCGAGCAAGACCAAGACCAAGAAGAAGCACUUCGUGGCUCAGAAAGUGAAGCUGUUCCGGGCCAGCGACCCGCUGCUCAGUGUGCUCAUGUGGGGGGUCAACCACUCGAUCAAUGAACUGAGCCAUGUUCAAAUCCCUGUCAUGUUGAUGCCAGAUGACUUCAAAGCCUACUCGAAGAUAAAGGUGGAUAAUCACCUUUUUAACAAGGAAAACAUGCCGAGCCAUUUCAAAUUUAAGGAAUACUGCCCGAUGGUCUUCCGGAAUCUUCGGGAGAGGUUUGGAAUCGAUGACCAAGAUUUCCAGAACUCCUUGACCAGAAGUGCACCCCUUCCCAAUGACUCCCAGGCACGAAGCGGGGCUCGGUUUCACACAUCCUAUGACAAAAGAUACGUCAUCAAGACCAUUACCAGCGAGGACGUGGCCGAGAUGCACAAUAUUCUCAAGAAGUACCAUCAGUACAUAGUGGAAUGUCACGGGGUCACCCUUCUUCCUCAGUUCUUGGGAAUGUACCGGCUUAAUGUCGAUGGAGUGGAAAUAUACGUGAUUGUUACCAGGAAUGUGUUCAGCCACCGUUUAUCUGUGUAUAGGAAAUACGACUUAAAGGGCUCCACAGUGGCUAGAGAAGCUAGUGACAAAGAAAAGGCCAAAGAGCUUCCAACUUUAAAGGAUAAUGACUUCAUCAAUGAGGGCCAAAAGAUUUAUAUUGAUGACAACAACAAAAAGAUAUUCCUGGAAAAACUGAAAAAGGAUGUCGAGUUCCUUGCACAGUUAAAACUCAUGGACUACAGCCUCCUGGUGGGAAUCCACGACGUGGAGCGAGCAGAGCAAGAAGAAGUGGAGGAUGAGGAGAACGACGGUGAAGAGGAGGGAGAGAGUGAUGGCACCCACCCAAUCGGCACUCCGCCCGACAGCCCUGGAAAUACACUCAACAGCUCACCACCUUUGGCUCCUGGCGAGUUUGAUCCGAACAUUGAUGUUUAUGCAAUUAAAUGCCAUGAAAACUCGCCCAGGAAAGAGGUCUACUUCAUGGCCAUUAUUGACAUUCUUACUCAUUAUGAUGCGAAAAAGAAAGCUGCCCACGCUGCAAAAACUGUUAAACAUGGCGCUGGAGCUGAGAUCUCAACCGUGAAUCCAGAACAGUAUUCAAAGCGCUUUUUGGACUUUAUUGGGCACAUCUUGACGUAACCUCCUGCAUGGCCCCCAUGGACAUGAGCACGGGAAGGCUGGUGGUGGCUUCGGCGUGGGAAAGUUACAACCAAACCCGAUGAAGCACCCACCUUGCAGGAAGCAAACCUCCUUGUUUACAUCUUCAAGCCGAGAUGACUGAAGUGGGGGGCUACUCGCUUUAACAGCUACCUGAUAUUCCCCAGCACCGUUCUAGCUAUUUCUGACUCUGUGUGCACGUGCAGGUGUGUGUACACACGCUCUAGCACACAUUUUAAAAUAAUUAAUUAAUAUUAAUUAAUUAAAACCAGUCAGCUUGAAUCAGAGCUUGUAACAAGCAGCCCCGUCUGAUUCCAGCUGUGGCUGAAUGGGUGGAUGAAGGGACAGCAUAUGGGGAGGGAAAGAGGAAAUGCAUGUCAGCGCAGCCAUGGCAGUACCGCAAGAUAAACUGCAGCUCCGUUUGCUGAGGUAAGAUGUAAGAGUGUUCAUGAUGAUGAUGGUGAUAAUAGCAAUGAUGAUGAUUAAAAGAAGGAUCAAUUUACUUCAAAUGUUACACUCCUGGCCUGCACAGAGACUACUCCUGAUAAUGGUUGCCUAAGCGCACAGCCCCAGGCAGAAGGAUGCUAGCAUUUCCCUGUGUACUGGCUCAGGGCUCUGUCCUAACCGUGUCACCCCUCCCCAGUGUCCCAGGCUGAGUCCUUCAUCUUCCAAGAGUCCGAUGCCAAGACUGUCUACAAUUUCACCUACCUAAAUGCUUCCAGGAAAACCGCUUGCUUCUCUUUUCUCACCUGGAGACUCUCAUCGUUAGACCCUGGUGUUGAGCUGCAGAAAUGCAUUCUGCAAAACAAAUGCAGAACUGCCCUGAAAGGUGCAUAGUUUGGGGCAAUAGGAGCUACACCUCCCACUGCAGAAAGAUGAGCAAAGGGUUAAAAUCCUCCUGUAACCCAAGGCAAAUCCCAAUUAAUGAGGUUUAUGUUCAACCAUUGUUUAAAGAGUGGAAUUUUGUUAUGUAUUAUCCCCUUUAACUGAAACCCUCAGUUUUACUGUUUACAUGGUUAGAAAAACAGGGAUAUUUUUGAAUCUAAAAAUUUAAUAUACAGCAUGUGAUUUUUGAAGUUUACAUGUAAAGCCAUUUUGCAGUGUAAGGAACGUGUCGUGUUUGGAGAUACGUCUUGCAAUUGUGUUUUUGAGUGAGUGUUCUGUUCGGAGUGCCUAGUAGACAGGCUUUCACAUAAAAGCAAAAGGAUUUUGUUCCUCGAGAUGUGUAUUUAUCAACCUACUGUUUAUUAAACCCCAAAUCUGGUUCUGUAAGUUCCUUGCCCUAAACUGUGCUGGUUGUGUUUAACCAGGUUAAAAACCUCCCAGCACCAAUCAUGUUCCCACCGCCUCCCCUGUGUUCCUAAAAGGCCUCAAGUUACAGAACACUUCACUUGCUUGGAGCAUUAUCAGCUUACAUAUGCUGUGCUGAAGCUGUGCCUUUAAAACCCCUGUUUAAUAUGUGAGAUGGUCUUUGUGGACAGUUUGGAAAGGAAAAAAAAAUAAAAGUCCACCUAUCAAUAAUUACUUAGAAGUCAACAAGCCCCCUGGCAGGCUGCCUUCCCAGUCACGUCAGUUCAGGCCUCUCCAGGUACAGCUGUGCCCGACAUGCGCGGGCCGCCUUCACAGCGUCUGGAAGCCUGCAUCAGCAUCAUCGGACUCCGACGGACUGGCCUGCCACGAUCCUUAGCUGAUGGUGUUAACUCCACUGUAACAUAGGUGUGCAAAUCUGUAUUUGAUGCAUUUAAAAUAAUCAGUGCUGUGUGAUUCGGUUUCCGGGCACUAUUAAUUGCAGCGUUUGAAAGCUCUACUGUAGCUUUUGAUCUCAAAACUUACAAACUCAAGAGCCCAAAACUUUACAAACCGAAAGUAAAACCGAAAGUACUCAUACAUGAUCUGAGUAACCAUUUCCUCGGCGGCCAUCUGUACGCUCUUAGACGUUUACAAAAAAAAAACUCUUUGGUUUUUGUCUGUAAUCAUCUCUGUCAUGCAGAUAAACUGUUUGGACAAAAGCGAGGGCGUGUGUGGUGUCCCAGUGCUAACACUGCACUCAAGGCCAGAGCCAGGCUUUAUGAAUAAAGCACUUUGACGUCUCA